UUGUAACUAUGUACUGAGUGAAUGUGAAGAGAACAAAACAAACAAGUGUAUACAAAGAGAAGAAAGAUACACAGAAAAAAAGCCACCUUUCUCAACCUUCCAACCUCAACCCUUUUUUCCUGCUACCCAAUUCCUCUCACCUUUCUUUCCUUCCCUUCCCUUCCCUUCCCUUCCCUUCCAAAAGGCAAAACAUUAUGUAUAAAGUUUGGUGAACUCUGAUCGAUCUCCGUUUGAUGCGACGUAGCAGAAGAGAAUGAGGCAAUCAAAAGUAGUUUUGAUUAAAUAUUAGAAACAAGGACUGGAAAAUGGGAGGUUGCUGUUGUUCUGCCAGAAAACCUCAUCUGCAUGGAACACCAGUUUAUUACUAUUGCCCGCCAACUUUGGAGGAGCGCGAGUUGUUAACCUCUAAUGAUGCUUCUGCUGCUACACUCACUGCUGGAUUGCUGAUUGGCUUAAACCUGGAUGCGUCCACACCCGAUACUUUCCAGCCGCCUCCUGCGCCUCUGCCUUAUGAUGUGGUCUUUGGAGGUUCUGCAUCAACAGAUUCUGAGUCUGGUAGAGAAACCGUUAGUGGUAGUAGUUUCGAGACUUUAAUUGCACGAGAAGAUCUUGAAGAAGCAGAAAGUAAAGUUAAAGCUCAAGAAAAUUCUGAGCCUAUAUCUCCAAAGAAGGCAGAGCUAUUAAAAUCAAAUCAGACUCAAGUAUUACUGACAGAAGAAGAGGAUGUUUGUCCAAUUUGUCUGGAAGAAUAUGAUGUUGAGAAUCCCAAAAAUCUGACGAAAUGCGAGCACCACUUUCACCUGUCUUGCAUUCUUGAGUGGAUGGAAAGAAGUGACUCCUGCCCAAUAUGUGAUCAGGUAUUGGAAACGAAGAGGGUAUACUUUUGUCAUCAAUCAGUUAUGAUUUGGUGCGAAAUGAUCAUAGUCUUCCAUGUUACAGGAAAUGAUAUUUUGAUGAGACGCACAUGGCGAUUAAUUGUUUCAAUUUUAAAGAUCAAAACUUGCUAAAUCCGAGGAAGAUUGAAGGAGUUCAUGGCUAGGUGAUGGUAGAUACAGAUUCAAUUUCAAUUUACCAUGCUUUGACAGUAGACAUUACUUUAGUUAGUAGGCCAUCAUGAGAAAAAUGAGGUUCAGAAAGAAUUAAAAGCAAUUCCUUUAGGUAUGGAAGUUGCAUAUUAUUAUUAUUAUUAGGUAGUGAAAGAAUGAAGCAGUGUUCAAGAUUCCAAGGUAAAUGUUUAAGUGAUGGCUGCUUUUUGUGUUUAAGAAUGCAUAAGUAUUUAUUUAUUUUCUCUUUGGUGUUUUAUUUUUGGGGAAAAAAUAUGCAUGUUAGUUUUGUAAACCUGUCUCCUUACAUUUACAUUUUCGUGUAUAUAUCUUGGUGGAUAUUGAAUAUUUUCUUGUAUACAUGAGUCCCUUUUCCCUUAA